GCAGCAAGGGAGAAAGGAGUCGUUCUUGUGACCACUGUUCGUAUGACAGGGAGGAAGAAGAACGCAGUAGCGUUGGGAGCAAAUCAUGCGCGAGAUCGGGCUGCAACGGAUCAACGCCAUUUGUACUGACAAUGCGGAGGUAAACAAGAAGGCGGCCCAAAUCUUGGAGAGGCGGACAAAUAGAGAUGUUGAGAGGAUACCUUGGGUACCAUGCGGAGCGCACUGCUGCAGCUUGUUGUUGAAGGACCUGAGCAAGCUUCCAUGGGUGAAGGACACCGUGAAGACGGACAACACCAUCGUCAAGUUCAUAAGGAACCAUCACGCUAGCAAUGGUCUGAUGAUGACAAUCGAUGACUCCUUGACAUUGCUGCGCCCGACUGAGGUCCAGUUUGGGUCGGUGUACCAGAUGUUGCACAGGCUAUUGAAUAGGGAGGAUGUGUUGAACGAGAUGGUGGAUGGCAGGUUUGCUGCGAGGUGGAGGGCAUUGAGGUGGUCAGGAGAGAAGUUGCAAAGAAAGGCAGACCUUGUCUACUUCACAUUGAGGACUGAGAGUUGGUGGGCGAAGGUCAAGAAAAUAGUGGCAUUCAUGGAGCCUGUGUACGGUUUGUUGAAAAGGAUGGACAAGGAAGGAGUUAGUCCCACCAACAUCGUAGAGUUCGACGAUAUGAUUGCAAGGAAAUUGUCAAAUGUCGUCCUCGCGAAGAUGGAGAGGGAAGACGGAGAGGGAAGACGUUAUGGCAAAGCCACACCUGCGGAGCGCAAUUGGGCUUCAAUGGACUUCGUCCAUUCGAAGAGGAGAAACAGCCUCUCGCCGGAGUCAUUCGAGAAGCUUGUGUACAUUCAUUGGAACAUGCAGCUGCUGCGUGUUCGAGACAGCAAGGAGAAUGGCUACGUUGACACGUGGGGAUCCUUCUUUGAGCCGUUGAUGGAGACGACAGAGGAAGAGCAGUCUGUCCAGAAGGGCACGAUGGACAAGACUGCAAACAAUGUGGAGGAGGAGAGGAGGCGACAGAGAUUGGCAAAGGCUCGGAAAGGACGGGUUCCAAAGGGGCUCGAAGUUGAGGACUCAACCGGGAGCAGCGACUUCGAGGAUCUUGUGUGGAAGGGGAAGUGUUGGAACGAAUCCACUUCCGACGAGAGUGAUGACGAGGAUGACAUUGGCGAGGACUCCGAUUUCGAGUUGGGGGCAAAGCCAGCAGUCCCCACCACUACAUACGUCAGUCGGAGGCUGAGGAGGCGUGAAAAGGAGGCGGAGGUGUUGCCUUCUGACCCCGUGGCCAAAGUGGACACAUACAUCGAGUUCUUGACGCACCCAUUGCCUGAUGCAGAGCACCUAGUACGUGAUGCACACCACCUGGUGCCUUAUGCAGACGAGGAGGAAGCAGCGCGGGCAAAGGAUAUGGCGGACAAAGAUGAUGCUCUUGUUCAGAAGCGUAUGAAGGAGGAGGAGGCUCGGCGUGCUGCCAUCCGAAGGGAGAGAGAGAGACAAACGAGCCAGGUUGAGAAACAGCACACACAUCACCUGAUCGACAACGUGGAAGAGGAGGCGGAUGUGCAUGCACCACAUGAAGGCUGUUUGCAGAUUGUUGGAGAGGACGUUCCAGCAGUCGAGGGAGAAAAAGAGCAGCGGGAAAAAAAUGAUAACAUCAAGAAGAAGAAAAUUUGCGGCAGGAGGGAGUUCACUUGACGGAGGCUGCGGGAGAGCAAAUGGAAAAACAGGGAGAAGAGCUGCGGCAACCACCACC